AUGCUAUUUACGAACAACUUGUCUUUCUUCCGCACAGCGGCUUUGUUGAUGCUGGUAUCAAUUGUUUGUGCUUUCCACUAUCAGGCUGUUGACGAGAAGAUUGUUUUCGAGAGGAAAGUAACAUACCCAGUUCAUCCACAGUUUAAGUCACAGUCGCAGGAUAUCUUGGAUGGACUCGAAGCGGGCGGGAUCUUACAGCGGUACCUCCAUCGAUUCAAGCCACCAGGGCGGUUGUAUGUGGAGUUCUACGACGGCGAGUUUGUUGUCAAACAGGGCAACUACAUUUCUCAGUUGGACGUUGUUGAAAUGCCAUCUGUAUCGUUUGAGUCGUUCUUCCCACUUAGUUGGAGUUUCUUGAAUGGCUAUUACACUUUGGCGGUAACGGAUAUGACAAAGACUUCACAAAGCGCCAGAGCGGUAUGGGUGAACAUGCGUGUCGAUAAGGAGAACGUCAAGACAGGCAGUCUCAAAAACAGAGAUACUAUGAACGACUCUACGAUGAAUGCUGAAUUCUUUACGGUAGGUUUUGAUCCACAGGAUGACGCUGACACUUUGGUCCCAUACGUACCGCCCUAUAUCACUGAGCCAGAUGGUGUCCAUCAGAUUGUUUUCAUUCUCUUCAGACAACCUCGUAAAAUGCAGCCUCUACAGAGGUUGAAGUUCAGAGAUAAUUGGGGGUCGACGAUACAGGGACAUGGUGUUCAAGACUGGGCAGACUACUAUGACUUACAACCUAUCGGGUUGAACUAUUAUACAACUUCUGAUGAGGGAUUAUUCUACGAUACCUAAAGAGGAUAAUUAU